AUGACAGUUUCCUCUCUCGUCCAGCUUCGUUUGGUUUGGUGCUGUUGGACCCUACCAAGAUGGCAGAUGAACGGCCAUAAGAAACCCUUGGCAGUGUGGACCAGUGCUACUGCUCAGUGGACACGUAAGCAGAAGAAACUAGCAGAGCUAUACAGGAUACCAAUGUCCAGGCCAUCCAUCUUAUCAGGCACCAGUCUGCUGGGCAAGCGAGCUCUCUCUACAACUUCCAGCAGCCCCAAGGAAGUGAUGCUGACUAGUGAGCAGUAUGGUGUGAAGAGGCUGCCUUUCUCUCAUGUUUCUGAUAGUGAUAUAGCCUUUUUUGAGCACCUUAUACCUGGCAGAGUCAUCACAGACCCAGAUGAAUUGAGACUGUUCAAUGUGGACUGGCUGCAGUCAGUCCGAGGCUGCAGUAAGAUGUUACUGAGGCCACGGACAGCAGCAGAGAUAUCUGAGAUUCUCAGGUAUUGUAACAAAAGGAAGUUGGCAGUAAACCCCCAGGGAGGUAACACUGGCCUUGUAGGGGGCAGCGUUCCUGUCUUUGAUGAGAUUAUCAUCUCCACAGCUCUGAUGAACCAGGUCAUCAGCUUCAACAGUGUGUCUGGAAUCCUUGUUUGCCAGGCUGGCUGUAUUUUAGAGAACCUGAACCAGUAUCUUGAGGAGCUGGACUUCAUCAUGCCACUUGACCUUGGAGCCAAGGGCAGCUGCCACAUUGGUGGUAAUGUGGCAACAAAUGCAGGAGGCCUGAGGCUGUUGAGGUACGGCUCUCUCCGAGGGACAGUUCUGGGACUGGAAGUGGUCCUGGCUGAUGGCUCCAUUCUGAACUGCUUGGCUUCUCUGCGGAAGGAUAAUACUGGCUAUGAUCUGAAGCAGCUUUUCAUUGGGUCAGAGGGGACUUUGGGGAUCAUUACUGCUGUCUCUAUCCUCUGUCCACGGAAACCCAAGUCUGUGAAUCUGGUUUUCUUAGGUUGUCAGAGUUUCUCUCAGGUUCUUGGAACUUUCACUACCUGCAAAGGCAUGCUGGGAGAGAUCCUGUCUGCAUACGAAUUCAUGGAUGACAAGUGCAUGAAAUUGGUUGAGAACCACCUCAAACUGUCCAACCCAGUGACAGGAAACCCCUUUUAUAUUUUAAUUGAAACAUCAGGCUCCAAUUCUGUACAUGAUGAAGAAAAGCUGAACAACUUCUUGGAACAUGUCAUGGCCUCUGGUUUGGUGACUGAUGGGACUGUGGCCACAGAGGAUAAGAAAAUAAAGAUGUUGUGGUCUCUGAGGGAGCGGAUCACGGAGGCCCUAACUCAUGAUGGCUGUGUUUACAAAUAUGACCUCUCACUCCCUGUGGAGAGACUAUAUGACCUUGUGAUUGAUACCAGGGCUCGACUGGGCAAGACUGCCAAGAAUGUGGUUGGCUAUGGCCAUCUAGGAGAUGGAAACCUGCACUUGAACAUCACAGCUGAGUCCUACAGCCGUUCCCUGCUGGAUGCCAUUGAGCCAUUUGUGUAUGAGUGGACUGCACAGUAUAAUGGCAGUAUCAGUGCAGAGCAUGGAUUGGGCUUCAAGAAGAAGCAUUACAUUCAAUACAGUAAGCCACAGGAGGCAGUCCUUCUGAUGCAGCAGGUCAAGGCCAUGUUGGACCCCAAAGGGAUUCUGAACCCUUACAAGACACUGCCAGCUAGUUCCUGAGAGCUUCGUGCUGCUGAGAAAUAGGUGUAUAUCCUGUUGUAUCGACUGUAUCUCUAGCUCAUAACUGCACUUUAGACUCUGACAGACUGAACAAUGCUCAAAGCUGCCUUGCUCACUUUAUAAUUGUACUGAAAUGGUAAAGGACUCCCAGUAUUAUCCAUCAUUGGACGAGCUCUGACCGUCCAGAAAGCAGAGAUCAGUAGCGGCCAAAGCCACACAGGCUUCCUCAUGGCUCUGAAAGUUCAAACUAAGUAUACAUAUAUAAGGGGCCUACCUGCCAGUCCCUCCCAUGCUGCAGUGCUUAGAACUAUCUCCCAUCUCAGUCCAGCUGGUGGAACCCUUGAAAAGCCUUAACUCUCUAAUGCUCUGUUGAUGGCUUUUCCUCUCUACUUUAGAUUGCGUCUGUUAUUUCAUUUAUAGUCCAUGCUUGUGGAUGUUAGAGCUACAUGCAGCAAGAAGAAAGUGUACACAGCGUCUAGAUUUGGGAGACCAUCUGCGCUUUCUAUCACUUUCUGCCAAUGGGGCAGUUUAAAAUCUCUGUUCUUCUUACUCUAUAUAGCAAGACAAUUUAUAGCCUGUUUUCAAACACAAGCCUACAACUUUGCAUAUGCAAAUUGUUACACCUGCGGCUUAGUCCUCUUCGAUCUAGGUAUGUGAUUUGUGGGUGCAGUCAGCUAUGGAAAUGGAAGAUUAAAUUCUCGUGGAUCUCAGGGAUGUAGAUGGCAGGAUUAUGGCAGUGAUGUUCCUGAUCCUGGAAUUAUAGGUAUUUUCCCCUCACUUGCUCAUAGUUGUAUGUAUGUGGGGUAAUUUUGGCACAGUUGGUAAAUUCAUGGCAGUGGUAAUAAUUUGCUAAGCUCCACUAGGUGUCCAAUAGGCAGUGGGCAUCAUGAUCAUAUCUUUGUCCCUAUAGCUCCCAGCUGAGAUCCACUAUGUUUAGAGUGUCUUUUUAGCAUUUGUCUCACUAGCACCAAGCC